AUUUAAGGAGAAGACAUUCACAUAGUACUUAUAUACUAGAAAAAGCUAUUUUUCUAGCUAUUUACUAAUUGCUAUUGAAGCAAAUUUUACUCAUAAUCUUUCCCCAUCCAUGCUUGAUACAUUCUUAAUAGGAAAGGAGGAUCUUUUUAAGAAGACAUUUGUUAUUUUGAACAAAAGUAAGCUUGAGUUGGAAGCAAAUUUGGGUAAGCUCCAAUUAAGUCAUCUGUAGUUGUGCACAGACUCUCCCAGGGUGUUCAGGUCCCACACAGACCCUUUGAGAAAAGAGAAUGGAAAGACUGAGGGGAGGCUGGACUCCUUUAAGAGAAGCAGGUGUCUCAGCCCCCAGGUGGAGUCAUUUCCUGCCCUGUGAUAAAGUCCGCCUGGGUGUGCGCCUCUGUCAUUACCGUGGGCCAGUGGGGCACCUCCAGAGCAGCAUGAGGGAGUGCCUUUCCAUUCACAUUGGCCAAGCUGGCAUCCAGAUUGGGGAUGCUUGCUGGGAACUCUACUGCCUGGAACAUGGAAUCCAGCCAGACGGCGCUGUUCUCGACAGUAAAAAGGAUCAGGUGGAGAAUGCUAAAAUGGAGCAUAUGGGCGCGUCUUGCAAUACCUUCUUUAGUGAGACCAGAGCCGGGAAGCACGUGCCCAGAGCCCUCUUCACGGACCUGGAGCCAACUGUUAUAGAUGGGAUCCGAGCCGGCCAGCAGCGCUCGCUCUUCCCCCCGGAGCAGCUCGUCAGCGGCAAGGAAGACGCGGCAAACAACUACGCCCGAGGCCGCUACUCUGUCGGCAUGGGCAUCAUCGACCUCGUGCUGGAGAGGAUCCGAAAGCUGGCGGAGCACUGCAGUGGGCUUCAGGGAUUUUUGAUUUUCCGGAGCUUUGGAGGAGGGACUGGAUCGGGAUUUACAUCUCUCUUAAUGGAGAGGCUCGCGGCAGAAUAUAGCAGGAAGACAAAGCUGGAGUUCUCGGUCUAUCCGGCCCCCAGGAUCUCCACUGCUGUCGUAGAACCUUACAACUGCAUCCUCACCACCCACUCCACCCUGGAGCACUUGGACUGCACCUUCAUGGUGGACAACGAGGCCGUCUAUGACAUCUGCCACCACAAACUCGGUGCCGAACGCCCCUCUUAUGCCAACAUUAAUAGGCUGAUAGGUCAGGCGGUCUCUUCCAUUACUGCUUCCCUCCGGUUUGAAGGGCCCUUGAAUGUGGACCUGACUGAAUUCCAGACCAACCUCGUACCGUAUCCGAGAAUACAUUUCCCCGUGACAGCCUUUGCCCCCAUCGUCUCUGCCGACAGUGCCUACCACGAGGAGCUCUCCGUGUCUGACAUCACCGCUGCUUGCUUUGACUUCUCCAAUCAGCUGAUCAAGUGCGACCCUCGGCUGGGGAAGUACAUGGCCUGCUGCCUCCUCUACAGAGGGGACGUGGUCCCUAAAGAUGUGAAUGCAGCCAUUGCAGCCACGAAGCUGAAGAACUCUGUGCAGUUCGUAGACUGGUGUCCAACCGGUUUCAAGGUGGGCAUCAACAGCCAGCCACCCACGGUGACGCCAGGAGGGGACCUGGCCAAGGCCCGGCGGGCUGUGUGCAUGUUGAGCAACACCACGGCGGUCGUGGAGGCCUGGGCCCGCCUGGACCGCAAGUUCGACCUCAUGUACGCCAAGAGGGCGUUUUUACACUGGUACGUCGGAGAAGGCAUGGACGAAGGCGAGUUCUUAGAGGCCAGGAAAGACUUGGCAGCCCUGGAGAAGGAUUACGAAGAAGUGGGGCAAAGUCCCUGAGGCAAAUGUGGCCGGUGAGGAUGAAGACUCCAUCAAAGCCCGUGCUUUCUUUUCAGGACACUAUUUACGCCUCACGGGUAGAUGUCCUCAUUAGAAGAAACUGGAAACCGAAUCAAACAAGACCCUGAGUUCCACACUAGAUGAGAUGGCUCGGUACCAACGAUGAGCUCAGAUUUCCUUGUCUGUAGUGCAGUUCAGCACGGCUCCCUUGAACCUUUCAGGUUUGGGGUCCUUCGAGCUACUGGAUCACAUCUAUGUUUCUUUCCUUCUUUUUUUUUUUCUCAUAAUGGAAACCUAGCUCUAUUCUUGGCUUUUGCAACAAAAGACCAUGAACCCCUAAAGUCAGUGCUCUUGCUUUCCCUUUCCUGAGGUGUAAAACAGCACAUGUUAAUUAUUACUGUUAUUUCCCCCGUGCCUAUAUUUUGUACGUUGAUUAAGUAAUGAAUAUUUUCAGUA